CGUCGGCUGCUGCUCCCGCCGCCGCCGCCACCGCGGCGCUCCGGGAGGAGACGCAGCCGAGGAGGGCGGAGGAGAAGGAGGCGGCGGCGGCGGAGGAGGAGUGGAGAGGAGGAGCAGGGGGUGGAGGAUGGAGCCCCGGGCUGCCGCGGCGGGCUCGCCCGAGCCUGCAGCGGCAGCCUCCUCCUUCCAGGCCCGGCUCUGGAGGAACCUGCAGCUGGGGGUGGGCAAGAGCAAGGGCGGCGGGGGCGGGCGCGCGGGGGGCCCCGAGCGCCGCACUGCGGACACCCCGUCGCCCUCCCCGCCGCGCCCCCGGGGCAGGCGGGACGCCCUGGCCGGCGUGGGUGGCGCGGGCAGCAGGUGGAGCGGCUUCAUGAAAAAGAAGCAAGUACUGGACCGCGUCUUCUCCUCUUCCCAGCCCAACCUGUGCUGCUCCUCGCCGGAGCCUCUCGAGCCGGGUGGCGCGGGCAGAGCCGAGCAGGGGUCCGGGCUGCGCCGCCGGAUUCGCGAGCAUUUGCUUCCCGCGGGAAAGGGGGCGGCGGCGGCCGCCGGAGCAGCCGGAGGGACGCCUCCUGGCGGACGCUCCCCGGACUCGGCUCCCUCGUCGUCUUCCGCCUCAUCCUCCCUAUCCUCCUCGCCCCAACCGCCCCCGAGGGGGGACCGCGCCCGAGAUGAGGGUGCACAGCGUCGGAGCCCCGCGGCGCACCUGUGCCAUCAGAAGAGCUCCUCCCUGCCGGGCACCGCCCGCCUGGAGCAGCUGCUGGAGCCGCCGCCGCCUCCCGCGGAGCCCGCGCCGAGCCCAGCCGAGCCGCGGACCCCGGAGGAGGGCGAGGAGUGUGGCAGCAGCCGGAAAAUAAAUACCACUGGAACCAGUAAUGCAGAUGUCUCUUUGGCUGAUCCCGGAAUGUACCAACUGGACAUUACAUUAAGAAGGGGUCAAAGUUUAGCCGCCCGAGAUCGAGGAGGGACAAGUGAUCCAUAUGUAAAGUUUAAAAUUGGAGGAAAAGAAGUUUUUAGGAGUAAAACAAUACACAAGAACCUCAAUCCUGUGUGGGAGGAGAGAGCUUGCAUUCUUGUUGACCACCUCAGGGAGCCAUUGUAUAUAAAGGUAUUUGACUAUGAUUUUGGACUACAGGAUGACUUUAUGGGCUCAGCCUUUCUAGAUCUCACACAAUUGGAGUUAAACAGGCCCACAGAUGUGACCCUUACACUGAAAGAUCCCCAUUAUCCUGACCAUUAUCUUGGGAUCAUUUUGCUCUCAGUCAUCCUUACCCCUAAAGAAGGAGAACACAGGGAUGUGCAGAGUUCAAUCCACAGCUUUCUUCAUUGGAGAAUUUGUGAAAUAAAAACAAUGCUAAUGAGGAAGAAUUGGAAAAGAUCAAGUAAGGAGCUCUCAGAAAAUGAAGCAGUCGGAUCUUAUUUUUCUGUGAAGUCUUUCUGUUGGAGGACAUGCGGCAGGCCUGCUUUCCCCGUCCGGGGUGUCUGCAGAGCAGAUCUUCAGACUGCUCAUUACCAAAAUGCACAAUUUCAGACCCAAAGUUUACGCCUAUCAGAUGUACACAGAAAAUCACAUCUUUGGAGAGGAAUAGUCAGCAUCACGCUGAUUGAGGGGCGAGAUCUCAAGGCGAUGGAUUCAAACGGGUUGAGUGACCCCUAUGUGAAGUUUCGGCUCGGGCACCAGAAAUAUAAGAGCAAGAUUAUGCCAAAAACGUUGAAUCCUCAGUGGAGGGAACAGUUUGAUUUUCAUCUCUAUGAAGAGAGAGGCGGCAUCAUUGACAUCACUACCUGGGACAAAGAUGCUGGGAAAAGGGAUGAUUUCAUUGGCAGGUGCCAGGUCGACCUGUCAGCCCUCAGUAGGGAACAGACGCACAAGUUGGAGUUACAGCUGGAAGAGGGUGAGGGACACCUGGUACUGCUGGUCACCCUGACAGCAUCAGCCACAGUCAGUAUUUCUGACUUCUCUGUCAACUCCCUGGAGGACCAGAAAGAACGGGAGAAAAUAUUGAGGAGAUAUAGUCCACUGCGGAUAUUUCACAACCUGAAAGAUGUGGGAUUUCUCCAGGUGAAAGUAAUCAGAGCAGAAGGAUUAAUGGCUGCUGAUGUCACAGGUAAAAGUGACCCAUUUUGUGUAGUUGAACUGAACAAUGAUAGGCUGCUAACACAUACCGUCUACAAAAAUCUGAAUCCUGAAUGGAACAAAGUCUUCACAUUCAACAUUAAAGAUAUCCAUUCAGUUCUUGAAGUGACAGUUUAUGAUGAAGAUCGGGAUCGAAGUGCUGACUUUCUGGGCAAAGUUGCUAUACCACUGCUGUCUAUUCAAAAUGGUGAACAGAAAGCCUACGUCUUGAAAAACAAGCAGCUGACAGGGCCAACAAAGGGGGUCAUCUAUCUUGAAAUAGAUGUGAUUUUUAAUGCUGUGAAAGCCAGCUUACGAACAUUAAUACCCAAAGAACAGAAGUACAUUGAAGAGGAAAACAGACUCUCUAAACAGCUGCUCCUAAGAAACUUUGUCAGAAUGAAGCGCUGUGUCAUGGUGCUCGUAAACGCUGCGUACUACGUUAAUAGUUGCUUUGAUUGGGACUCACCCCCAAGGAGCCUCGCUGCUUUUGUGCUCUUUCUCUUUGUUGUCUGGAACUUUGAACUCUACAUGAUCCCCCUGGUUUUGUUGUUACUAUUGACAUGGAAUUACUUCUUGAUAAUAUCAGGGAAAGAUAACAGGCAACGUGAUACGGUAGUGGAGGACAUGCUGGAGGACGAGGAAGAAGAAGAUGACAGAGAUGACAAGGACAGUGAAAAAAAGGGAUUUAUAAAUAAAAUCUAUGCCAUCCAAGAGGUAUGUAUCAGUGUCCAGAACAUCCUAGAUGAAGUGGCUUCCUUUGGCGAAAGGAUAAAGAAUACGUUCAACUGGACCGUCCCAUUCUUAAGCUGGCUGGCCAUUGUAGCCCUCUGUGUGUUCACAGUCAUCCUGUACUUCAUUCCACUGAGAUACAUUGUCCUUGUCUGGGGCAUCAAUAAAUUUACAAAAAAGCUUCGGAGUCCAUAUGCAAUCGAUAACAACGAACUACUUGACUUCCUUUCCAGAGUCCAUUCAGAUGUACAAGUGGUGCAAUACCAAGAACUGAAACCAGAUCCUUCUCACAGCCCAUGUAAAAGGAAGAAAAACAAUCUUGGCUAGCUAGCUCCCAGCACUGAGGAGACCAGCAUCUGUUUGCGAAGAUAAAAGAAAAAGCCUUCAGCCUCAGCAGCAUUUCCUUUCUUCCUGCUUUUUAUUUAUUUUGCCUUUUUAUCAUGAAUGAGAGAAUUUGUAAAUAGUGUACAAAGGCAUAUGUCUUUGAAAACAUACUUCCAUUGUACAGAAUCGAUUUGAUAAAGGUUUUGCUACUGCUGCGUGAAAGCCUGGUUAGCAGUGGUAAUAAUAAAACACAUUGGAACAAAUGUUAAGAAUGGGAACAUUGGGAGACACACAGGUCUUUAGUUGUAAGUGGAGAAACCAGAAUAUUAGAUUAAAUGUUUAGCUAUGCUCUGAUGAAAUCUACAUAAAGUAUAAAUGUCAAUUUGAUUUUAAGGUUUUUUUUUAAUGUGACUAUUUUUUAUCUGAAAAGUAAUCCAUUACAUUUUUCUAUGUUUUGUACAUUUCAAAAGGGGGGGGGACUGCAAAAUCUAAGAGAACAGAUGCAUUUCAAUUUAACAUGAAUUUUGACUGCAGAUCCUGACCUUCAUUCCUGUGCAAAUUAUUUAGAUAUGCUAGGCUGACUUUAAUUUAACCAGUAAAGGUAUAUUUACCCCUUGAAGAGAAACUUCCACUCUUGAAAUCCUACAAAGAGAACUUCCAAACCUUCUAUCAUUCCAUCUAAACCUUAAAAUCUCUACAGGACUGCACACAAAUACUGCCAGGUUUAUAAAUGAUUGCUUAUCUGAAUUUUUAUACUUACCACUACUUUAAUCUGUACCAAGUCUGCAAAUCAGCAACCCAGUUCAAUUUCAAAAAAACAAAACCAAAAACUAGCAAACUAAAUCCAUAUUGCUUUUUGUGUCAGAUCAUACUUAUGUGCAUCUAAAAAUAUUUAAUACUGAAGUGUUCUCACACAAAGUAUCUGUUUUCUCACUAGAUUACUGAAAUGCUUUAGUGCAUACUAUGAUUUUUGCUCUCAGUGUGAAUUUUAAUGUAGACUAUGAUAUGCCAGCGUUUCAUUACAUUCAUGUAUAGAAAAUAAUUAUUCUUGAUGAUAUGAAUGCAUGAAAACCUAUUUUGUAAAAUACACUGCUUAUGGGGCGAGGAGUUUGCCUUUAAAAGAAUGUUCUGCUACUUACCAUAGAAUCUAUACUCAAAAAUUGCAUUCCCAAGACUCCUACAGUAGUUUUUGUACUUAACUCUCUGGUACAUCAAGGGAGUAUACCUCUGGAGACAGAAAUAAUUUGGUGACAAUGUCUUACUUCCCUGACAUGGUAGGGGAUUAUGCUUGGUUUGAAACUGCUGCAAUGCUGUGCACUAUUUUAUUAAUAAUAGCCUGGAACAGGUGAAGGUGGGUGUUAUACUGGAAAAAUGUAGAAAAGCCAGAAGCAAGAAGUAUAUAUUUCACUCUAAAGGAAGAGACUUUAAAAAUAAAUUUACUCUCAUCAAAGCUGAUUUUUUAAAGUAUUUUUAUUUUAAAGCUAUGUUGUUAAAUACUAUUUCUUAUGAUAGAACUAUUUUGACCUGUUUAUACACUAUGCUUGAAAGAAUGUCAAUUAAAUUCCCUUUCUAGAGAAAGGCUUUAACCUCAAUAUGCUCUAUUCAGCUCUUAUUUAUAAUAACAUGCUUCUAUCUGCAUACCAUCAGUUUGUUGCUAAGACAUAAAACUCCAUGAAGUUGUUACUACAGAAAGUUUAUUGAUGGGAUAAUUUGUUUGAAAUAACUUUUGAUUAUAUCUUGUGUGAAAUUUAUGUUCUAUGCUGACAGUGUCUACAAGUCUGAUACUCUACAACUUCAGAUGCACCUAGUGGAUAGUAACAUAACCAUUAUUAACAGAUGACUAAUUUGUUUGUUUCAUUCUAGCAAAUUCCAGAUGUUUAGUUCAAUGAUAAUGUUGACUAUACAUUCACUGCAUUAAAUAAAAAAAAUAAUCUUUUCUAAGUAUAA